GCUACAGUGUAAACCAAUAAAGUGUCCGCGGUGGCUGAGCGCAUCUGUCGCCCCGCUCUCUCUCUCCUGUCGCCGCGGACGCAAAGACACCAGCCUCGGACAUCAAAUGACAUUUGUAACGGAGGCGCCGCCAAAGGGGACGGGACUGAUUCACGAUACAUUCAUACGAGUAGGGAGAUGCUGACAGGACAGAGGCUCUGCCACUCAAAGUCCCACCAGGACUUGGUCCUUUCCGCCCUCAACCAGCAGAGGAAGGACGGCCUGCUGUGUGAUGUCACCCUGGUGGCCGGCGAGCAGAAGUUCCACGCCCACAAAGCCGUCCUGGCAGCAUGCAGCGAUUACUUCAGGGCCAUGUUCAGCUUGUGCAUGGUGGAGAGUGAAGCGGACGAAGUGACCCUGCAAGGAGUGACCAACGUUGGACUGAAGCACGCUUUAGACUUCGCCUACACUGGACAGAUUCUGCUGGAGCCGGCGGUGAUCCAGGACGUCCUGUCGGCAGGCAGCCACCUGCAGUUACUGGAGCUCCUCAGCCUCUGCUCCCACUACCUCAUCCAGGAACUGAGCAGUGUGAACUACCUGGAGCUGUACCGCGUGGCUGACCUGUUUCACCUCCCGGCCUUGGAGGAGGCCGUGGUGGGCUUCCUGGUGGAACAUCUGUCUGAACUGAGCCAGAACCGGCAGGACGAGGCCCUGCAGCUGCCUUACCGCCUCCUCAGGGAGGUGCUGAAGAGUGACCGCCUCACCUCCCUGAGUGAGGAGGAGAUAUGGAAGCUGGUCGUUCUGUGGUUGGAACAUGACUGCCGCUACCAGUACACUGAGGAUCUUCUACAACAUGUCCGCUAUGGCCUGAUGGACGUCCCCACCCUGCACCACCUUGCUCACAGCCACCCUCUGGUCCAAUCCAGCCCUACUGCUGCCGCCCUGGUGGAAGAGGCCAUGGACUAUCACCAUGCCAGCUUUGCCCAGCCUCUGCGCCAGUCAGCCCGCACCAGGCCUCGCUUCCAGUCGCUCACCCUCUACAUAGCUGGCGGGCGGAAGCGGGAGGUGAGCAGAGUCAGGGAGCUGCGGUACUUCAACCCAGCUGUGCAAGAGCAUGUACGUGUUGCAGGCGGGUCGAACUGGAGCGAGCUGGCACCAAUGCCCACUGGCCGCAGCCACCACUGCGUGGCUGUUAUGGGGAACUUCUUAUUUGUUGUGGGUGGUGAGGUGGAGCAUGCCACCGGGAGGACGUGUGCAGUGAGGACUGCCUGUAGGUACGACCCCAGGGGCAACCGGUGGACUGAGAUAGCCCCCAUGAAGGCCUGCAGAGAGCACUUUGUCCUUGGAGCUCUGGGUCAGUACUUGUAUGCAGUUGGGGGCAGGAACGAGCUGCGCCAGGUGCUGCCCUCUGUGGAGCGCUACUGUCCCAAGAAGAACAAAUGGAUGUUUGUCCAACCCUUUGACCGUUCACUGUCCUGCCACGCUGGCUGUGUGGCUGACAGCCUGCUCUGGAUCUCAGGUGGGGUGACAAACACAGCUCAGUACCAGAAUCGACUAAUGGUGUAUGAUCCAGAGCAGGACCAAUGGUUGGCCCGCAGUCCCAUGCUGCAGAGGCGAGUUUACCACGUCAUGGCGGCAGUGAGGAGGCAGCUCUACGUGCUCGGCGGUAACGACCUGGACUACAACAACGACCGCAUCCUCGUCCGCCACAUCGACUCUUACAACAUGGACCUGGACCAGUGGACUCGCUGCUCCUUCAGCCUCCUCACGGGUCAGAAUGAGUCAGGUAUCGCCGUCCAUGAUGACAGGAUCUAUGUGGUUGGAGGGUACUCCAUUUGGACCAACGAGCCUCUGGCGUGCAUCCAGGUGCUGGAUCUGAGCACAGAGGGGAAGGAGGAGGUUUUCUACGGGCCAACGUUACCAUUUGCCUCCAACGGUAUAGCAGCUUGUUUCCUCCCUGCCCCUUACUUCACCUGUCCAAACCUACAGACUUUACAAGUCCCCCAUCACAGAAUCGGUGCUGUUUAAACCCCUGAGGAACAAAAGUGUCUCUGAACACGAACACAAUAUUUUGAGGACGGAGGAGCCUCAGCUCAACUCUGGAAAAGUCAGUAUUUGCAAAUGGAACCAAAAUGUACCCGAUCGCAGUAUUCAUGGAACCUGCCACCUCUGUCAUCUGAGUGCAUUGGGAUUUCUUUUAGAUCCAAAUGUAAUAACAUGACUUUCCUGAUCCACCAGAGCCAUGCCAUCUCGCAGGACUCUGGGAAACUCAGACACAAGGAGCUGUCACAAUAAUGUAACAUUACGGCUGUAUUUCCCCAAAGACAGACGCCGUUUGUAAUGUCCAGUGAAGAUGCAAUGAAAAAUAACUCCAGAGGGAUUUUAACUCCCCAUGAAGACAGGAACAAAAUGCUGAUCCUUUUACUAAUUAAGUGACUUGAGGUGAAUUGCUGAUUUUUUAAAAUAGAGCUGUAGGAGCUUUUCUAUCUAAAAUAACACAGCCAUCAAACCACUAUAAUCACCUUGAUGGCUUGAAAAACAUGUGCUGCAUUGUUUUUCAAGAUACAGAGGAGGAGUCCUGUUUUCUCUUCAACUCACAUGUACUUUUACAGACGGGAUUAACAAGUAUCAAGCGCCUGGGGUUGAAGCUCACCAGUGCAUAAAUGACCAUGUAAAGUUUUAGUUCAAAUAAAGUAAAAAAAAAGAUGAAUUGAUUUGUUUCUGCAACAGCAGUGACAAACUACUGUGAAUGUGUGUGUGUGUGUGUGUGUGAUGAACCAGUGUAAGUGAGUGUGAGAUUUUUAUUAUGCUCAGGACCUCAGACUGUUUAUGUUCAAAAGAAUGUCUUGUCAUUGUCCUUAUUCAGAGAACAGUCUCCAGACAACAUUGCAUUAUGCUGAUUUUCAAAAACAUGCUUUGGCCAAGAGAGAAAACAUGAUCCCUGCACUUCCCCCCCGUAUGUCCAAAACAAUGUGUCUGGAAAGG